AUGAAUUCGGCACCCAAUACUCUACCUCCAGCCCAAGGCUUUGGACAAAGCCCACCGCCGCCAAAUAACCAAUUUCCACAGAAUUUUAAAUAUGCAUCAAAACCAAUAGCACAAUCAGCAGCAGCUUCUUCUGCUACAUCACCACCACCACCGCCACCACCACCACCUUACCAACAAAACGCUCAGGGAUAUAAUACUCAGCAGCAAUAUAGCUCAUAUGCACAACGUCAGUCUCCGGUCCAUCCUUCGGAUUUAGCUACGGGUUACCAGGGUCUAUUGCCAAGCUAUGGAGAUUCGGCUGUUCUACCUGGCCAGCCAAAUAAUUAUUCUCACUCACCGAAUCAGUUGAACAGCUAUCCCCAAUCAUCGAAUCAGAUGGAUAAUUAUUCUCAGUCACCCUUUGCCACAAUAUCUCCUCAAUUUAAUGGUGAUAAUCAGCAUUUCCAAAUCACCGCAAAUGCUGCUAAAACCGCCUUUGACAUAUUUUCAAUGGUCGGCGGGGCCCAGUCUCAGCUCCCUUAUAAUCAAAACAAGAUCCUGUGGUCUUGGAUCGAUUGGCCCUUGUUGACGCUCAAGCCUUAUUUUCAGGUCUCACACUGGUAUGUAGAUUGGGUCCGACGCACAUGUCCCACCGAGAACCCCAAAGGGACACAUCUUACAAACACAGUUCCAGGUACCAUUCCUGUCCAGCAGUUUUCCCACACGGGAAUACAUCCUGUAUCGCUUGGUGUCUCUUUUGCUCCGCCGAGAGAAGAUGUUAGCUGCCCUGAUUUGUAUAUCCCUCGUAUGUUUAUUCCCUGCUCUCACCAUCAUCAUAGUUCAUGCCUUCAUUACCUAUGUGAUUCUAGUAUCCAUUAUUUAUGGGGUAGAUGGAAAGUAAGCUUUCUUAUUUUUUAUUCUAGAUUCACACCAGAUAUCCUUGGGAUAACUUCAUCCUCGGCACUCGUUUUCUCUCUUCUAGAGCUCUUUGUGGUGAGGACAGGCUUCUUUAUCCUUGGGCUUGGAUCUUCAGUUCCUAUCCUUGAAUAUUUGGCUUAUGUCGGCUAUAAGUAUGUGGGGCUUGUGCUGAUUGUUUCCGGUGGGCUAUUAGUACCAGGGAACAACGGCAUCAUUACUCGACUUAUUUGGAUUUACGUUUCCAUUUCAUAUGCCGUAUUUGCCCUGCGGUCUCUGAAAGAUAUUUUAAACCUCUCAUCAGGUCUCGGUGAUGCUGUUGGUGGAGGCCUCCUUCCUGGAGGCGCUAUAACCACCAUAGAGGCCUCUGCCGCAGCGGCUUCUGGAACGCUUCAACGACGUCGUGUAUAUUUCCUAUUGCUUGUGGCUGCGCUCCAGGCAGCCUUCUCAUACUACCUGAUCAUUGAGCCCAAAUUCAUCCCCGCUCAACCGCCAUUGGGUCCGACUUAA